ACGACGUCCCCUACAUCUGGACAUCUGGUCGUCUCUGCGACUUCAAGGGCUGCGAGGAGCGACGGGACCUUGAGCCCAAGAGCAUCUUCGGCUGGUUCUGGUCCGGCACCCGCGGGAAGAUGGCCCCGACCAACCAGGUGCCUCCCGGCUGGGGCUACAACCCCUGGUCACAGACCGGCCACAAGAAGGUGCGCCAGCCUGACAACGCCGAGUUCGACAUCAACGGCACCAACGAGUCCUGCCUGAGCGUGCUCAACAACGUGUACAACGACGGCAUCGGCUGGCACGACGUGGCCUGCUACCACGAGAAGCCCUUCGUCUGCGAGGACAGCGACGAGCUGCUGCAGUACGUGGGAGCCACGAACCCGGGCCUCAGGCUGUAGGCCUCGCCGGGUCCCGUGCCCGCACAGCCCACCAAGCAAGCAGAGUUACCAAAAGCCCUCCUGACCCUCCAGGAGGCAGCACUUCUUGUUCGACCGAGUGAAAAGUGUUGACGAGAGACAGUUGAGGGACAGCCAGUGGAAGCGUGAGUCAGCAUGGUCGCUUACGUAUUUUCGCUUCAUCUAGCGACGCAGGCGGGGUGCAACUCGUUGAUUCCCCAGACCGAUGCCAGCGGGCAUGCCACCACUCAGAGGUGAUACAAAUCAAGGGUGCAUUGAUCCAGUUACAGAGCAGUUCCAGAGUCACUAAAUGUAAAUCUGAAGAGAUGUUUUACAAAAAAGGAAUGCCUGUAUAGCCAUGCAGACUUUUUCAAGUCCAAGCAUCCCACCGUUUUCUUUUUGUUUGUUCAUUGAAAGUCUAAUAUUAAAAAUAUGGCUAACACAACGAUUCAAACGCAACAUGCCCAUAGAAUAAACCGAGAAAAACAAACAUGUAUGGCAGUAUCCUUUGAAUACUAGGUACAGAAACAUGAAAAACAAAAAGUAAAUUGCACCUACUUUAUGUCUUUUACAAUUAAAUUGAAAACUAAAGCCACUGCAAACUUA